AUGACUGACACUUCAAAGAAAAAGGGAUUGAAAAAGGGCUUCUUUGUUAAAUGUAUGUUCUGCGAUACAGACAAUACACCAAUAAUUUACACUUUUGUAUCAGGGAGUGGAUUUAGUGUAUCUGGAAGCACCUUGUCUUGUACAAUCACAUCAUUAUCAGCGUCAUCACAUACAGUUGUCGUGAGAGCUCAAAACACUGGAGACAGUGCGACUACAGAUCAAACAUUAACUGUAACUGUUACAGAUUCUUCGCCACCAGCACCAACAUGGUCAACAGGAGCCUCACACUUGCUGAUCAAAGGUGACAGCACCGCUUGUGAUGCGGUAACAACACUUUCUGCUACUUCAUCGGAUUGUACGGCGGUAACUUACAGUGUCCAGUCAGAAUCUCCUUCCGGAGGAUUUAGCGUUACUGGCAGUACACUGUCAUGUGUCCUUGCGUCAAUAACUGCGUCAUCAUACACGGUUGUCGUAAGAGCGACGAACACUGGAGAUGGUGCGAAUUCUGAUCUUACAUUGACUAUAACACCAGCAGAGGCUCCCGUGUUUGUAAAGCCUAGCCCGAACGCUGCAGACGACAACCAUACUAUCACUUUACUAGAAACAGUUCAAGCAGACGAAACAGUGCUUACACUUACAGCCACCGAUGCAGAUACCGAUGACGCAACAUUAACGUUCAACAUGGACGCAAGUGCGGCCCCAACAAGACAGCUGUUCGAAAUAAACGGAAGAGAAUUAAAGGUUAAAGCUAGUGUUGCUAAUGACUAUUUCGAUGCAGAGAAAGAUGGAGUUGUACUUCAGUACCCUAUAAUUCUAGAAGUAAGCGAUGGAGGUACUUCUACAACUUUGUCAACAACCAUCGACGUACAAGAUGUUAACGAUAAUUCUCCUGUAUUUUCUGGGACGUUUACGGCAGAGAUAAAAGACAAUGUUGCUGAAGGAGAUACAGUUUUCACCAUUACAGCGACGGACAGCGACAAAACUUCAACAAAUAACCAAGUCACCCUAUCCAUGGCUGAUAUUUCUGCAUUCAAUCUCGAUGGUGAUAAAAUAAAGGUGUCAGCUGGUGUUAAUUUUGACGCUAAGACGCAGUCUACUUACACACUGACAGUAACAGCUUCGGACAAUGCACCUGUAGAUCCUAAAACUACUGACCAAGAAUUUACUGUCACCAUUAAAGCAGCGCCUGAAUUUGUUGAUCCGGACCCGGACUCGGACGCGGAAUUUCACGACAUAUAUAUGUGUGAAACGAUUCAAGCUGGAGACGAAGUUAUGACAUUAAUUGCCAGCGACGCAGACACAGAUACAGCAUCAUUAAGUUUCAACAUGGAUGCAAGUAAUCCUACAACAACGGCUUUAUUUGAAGUAGUUGGUGAUAAAUUAAAGGUCAAAGCUAGUGCUGAUACAACUGCUUUUGAUUUUGACGCAGAUAAUGCUGUAACUGAAUACACCAUCAUUUUAGAAGUUACUGAUGGGGAUUAUACAACCACCUUAACAACAACUAUUAGGAUAGAAGACGACAAUGAUAACGCUCCUGUCUUUUCUGGCAAUACUACGGCUUCUCUUCUUGAAUCGUCACUUGCAGGUACAAGCGUUUUGAAACUGACAGCGACUGACAAUGAUAAAUCAGCGGAAUACAGCAAUGUAACAUUUUCUUUAUCUGGAGCCACAGAGUUUGAAAUCGGUGGAGAUAAUAAUGAUGAUAUAUUAGUAGCAGUCGGGGCAAGUUUUGAUUAUACAACGAAUUCUUCCUACAUUCUGACAAUAACUGCCUCGGACAACGCACCGGAAGAGGCCCAAACAACCGAUCAAGAUAUAACCGUCAGCAUAACAACAGAUCCAAAGUUUAAUAAACUAAAUUCUGCAAAGACAGCAUCAGUCGAUGAAAACGCUCCAGAAGCUACUGAGAUAUUUGCUUUAGAUGUCACUGACGAAGACGAUACUGGCACAUUGACUGUUUCCAUUUCCGAACAGCCGUCACCUGAUAUGUUUAUAUUAGAUGGGCAAAAACUUAAGCCAAAAUCGGGAGCGAUUUUUGAUGCCGAGGGAGAUAAAACGUCAUAUCAACUAAAAUUUAUGGCAUCAGAUGGGACAUACGAGGUAGAGAGUGACGUAUUGACAGUAACAGUCAAUGAAUUAAAUGACAAUCCACCUGUUUUUACAGAACUUGAUCCUGUAGUGGACAUUGCAGAAAAGACAGCUGCCGGAUCUAGCGUGUAUGACGUAAAUGCAACAGAUGCUGAUGUUGGUAAUCCAGACAAUAUCAUGACAUUUAGUAUGACAGAAACUGAUACCAGUCACUUCAGUAUAGACACGAAUAGUGGGAUCAUUUCUUUGAAGCCGGAUGCCACUUUGACCUUUUCUAGUAAAGCCGAAUAUAAACUCAUUGUUACUGCCAAAGAUGGUGCUUUGCCUACAGAUAAGUCAGCCAGUACAACUGUUACUGUAAAAAUCUACGUCUCUCCUGAAUUCACUAAUCCGACGGACGGUGAUUCAUUUAGUAUUCCCGAAGAUAGUACAACUGGAAGUGUUGUCAAGGCUCUUACUGCGUCAGACGAGGAUGGCGAUUCACCUAUCUUUACACUCGUAUCCCAGGAUCCUGCGCUUCCUUCAAAGUUCAAGAUACAGGGAUCUGAAAUCCUAACCACUGAUACAUUUGAUAUUGAUGCUGCUGGAGCAGUGACGUCAUACAUACUGGAAAUAAGCGUUUCGGAUGGGAGAAGCUAUACGGAUGAUGAAACAAUUAAAAUUACCAUACAAAUAGAUGAUUCCAACACUAAAUCUCCAGUGUUUGAUCCAGAUGGUGUUUACGAUAAAACCGUAGAAGAAACUGAAUCAGUUGGUACUACGGUACUCUCUGUGACAGCUACGGACGAUGACCUAACUGAUGCUAACAACAAAAUAAAGUACUCAGUGACUGACACGGAAUUUAGCAUUGACGAAGAUACCGGGGACAUUACAGUAUCCGCUAGUUUAAGCUAUAAAACAAAAUCAGAAUAUAACAUAACUGUCACAGCAACCGACACUGGAACUCCACCAAAGAGUGCAACUCAACAAGUCAAGUUUACCCUCCUCGCCGAGCCGGAGUUUACCAAUCUCGCAGUUGCUAAAUCUAAAGCUAUAGAUGAAAAUUUGCCAGCUGAUGAAUCUGUGUUUGCGAUCGCCGUCUCUGACUUAGACAAUACUUGGGAUAGAACUGUAUCCAUUGUCAGUCAAACGCCACGUGAGAUGUUUAAAAUGAAUGGAGCUAUACUGCAGACAAAGACAGAUGGUCUAGACGCAGAGACUGCAACAGCAUAUGUACUGAAGUUCAAGGUGACGGAUGGUUCAUUUGUUGUUGAGAGUGCAAACUUGACCGUAAACAUUUUGGAUCUUAAUGACAAUCCACCUGUCAUUUCUACGGUGCUUCCUGUCUCUAUACGUGAAAACAUGACCAUAGGUUCGGUUGUUUAUGAUGUACAAGCAACAGAUGAAGACGUCACUACCCAAAAUAGUGUGCUUUCCUACUCAAUCAUAGCAGGGAACGAUGACAAAGUGUUCUCAAUAGAUGCAGACAACGGAUCUAUAAGCUUAGAUAAAACGUUGAGUGAAGAAACAUACAAUUUGAAAGUGAUGGUAUCAGACAGCGGUAGUACUGCUCUUACGGCAACAACUAAUGUUUCAAUUUACGUUGACGCCAAUGUGAUUGACGAGUGCUCAUCCAGCCCAUGUCAGAAUGGAGGCACCUGCUCAUCAUCGGUGAAUGUCUAUACAUGUCAGUGUGUACCUGGAUAUAUUGGCACUAACUGCGAAACAAAUAAAGAUGAAUGUGACCCACAGCCGUGUAUGAAUAAUGGAAUUUGCACAGAUGCUGUCAACUUUUUCAGUUGUAAUUGCACGGAAGGCUGGAAUGGAACUACGUGCACAGAUGUCUGUACAAGCAAUACAUAUGGCCGUAACUGUAAGGAACAAUGCAACUGUAAUACGUCAAGACUUAUACCAAACGUCGACAACCAGCAGUGUGACAUCAAGACAGGGGCAUGCAAGUGUAAUGAAAACUGGGUUGGUUAUUCAUGUGAAGACAAGGAUGAGUGUGUUAACUCAAGUAUUUGCAGUGGCUCAAACGUUGUUUGUGAAAAUACAAUAGGCAGAUAUUACUGCACAUGCGAGCAAGGUUACAAAAACUCUUCUUCCAAUGUGUGUGAAAUUGAUAUUCCAUCAGUGACGAUUCCUGUUAACCCAGGUGAAGCCGCAGUACUUUUAAUCGUGUCUAUAGAUAGAGACUGUCCAGAUCUGAGGAUACCUUCCGUGUAUGAGAAUGAAAAGAAAAAAAUAGAAAAUUCGAUUCAAAGACGCCUGCCUGUCCAAAAAAGAGUGGUUGUUACCAAUAUAGAGUGUGGCACGGUGACGUUUGAAUCAAUUAUCAUUAUUGAUAAAGAAAAUGCAGGACAGCUCGCCAAUGAAAUAUCAAAUAUAAGCAAUUCUAUAGAAUAUGAUGGCCAGAUCGUUCCUGUUAUGGAGCUGAAAGUCAAUGACAGUGCAGUUAACAAGUCUGAUACAGAGGCACAAAAGGUGUGCGAGGCAUAUACAGCAAUAGAUCCGUGCGCUGAAGACUAUGAAUGUAAAUAUGAAAAUGGUGUCCCAUCAUGUAGGAAAAUCGGAGAAGAAAACACUGGUUUGAUCCUAGGACUUGGUUUCGGUGUUUGUUUGCCAUUGAUUGUAUUGGCAAUUAUAGCUGCCUUUUACCUAUACAGCAGGAUAAAAAAGCAAAAAAUAAGAAAAAGCAGUCUGCGCCACAAAGGCAGCUGGAAUAAGGAAGAAAGUCCAUGGUAUGGCAGAAUGAAACAAAAUGGAUUCAAAAUCGACACCAGGCAUUACGACAGGAAUCGUUUUAACGAAAAUACAAACUACAAGAACAACAUUUAUGACAAUAGACAUUAUUAUGAUUUGCCAGGUCUAGGCUAUACGUCAAUAUAAACUACAAUUACAGUAAUUUAAAGGCAUCGGCCUCCAGAAUUUUGCUAUAAAUGAUCUUUUUUUUCAAAUUGAAGUUGGUUAAAUUAUCAACAUAAGAAUAUGAAUUUCUGUCAAAUAAAUGCCAGAUCAAGAAAAAAAGGGAAUCGAACUCAGACCGCCACGUUGACAAAGAAGUUUCCCGCUGUCGUUACCAAUACCGCUAUGGCAGAUUUAGUGUUUAAUGCGCGUUAAAUAUGGAUAAUCGAUGUAGUUUACCUCGAGUUGAAUGAUGUUACGAACACUUUUCGAUUUUCAUCGUAGAAAGUAGUAAAACUACUUAUUCCUUUCUGUUUUCGUAAUGUGCAGUCUGUCAGUAAUUAAGUUUCAAGGCAUUCUAAAGAAAUGUAGUAUUAACUUUCAGGUAUUUGAAAAAAAUAUUUCUAUUUUGUUGUUGUUGUCGAACGAACUGGAGGCAAGUAGCUUUAAAUGUAAAUAUUUAAACUGUCACCCAUGUUGUGAAGUUUAUUUUUAAGGUCUAAAUUUUUAUUGCCAGUAGAGAUAAUAUCACUGAUAGGUCUGUUUCAGGUAUCCUACUUGCUUAAAAAACAGGAUAUAAAAGCGCAUUAUAGUGAGAGAUUAAUCAUGAACAUACAAUAUGCUGACCUGUUAAAUUGGUUUAUUAGACUGAACUUGAAUAUUUAACGACAGCAACUCUAUGCUUAGAAAUACAACACUCACCGUUUCGCGCAGAUCAUCUUAGCAUUAAGCAUUCUUCAAUACUCAUGGCACAUCUGCGUUACUUAAGCGUUCCUUUAAUUACAAGACAACGUUGUAUAUGUAGCCAAUAUCUUAUCAUCCCCCACCAAAGGUAGAGGAAUAUAUAUUUGGCGUUGUCCGUCGUCCGUCCGUGUGUCCAUGAAUCCUUUCGUCUGUCCGAAAGUGCUUGCUUUAUCUACAGUCACAAGACCUCAUUAUUUGCUAGAUCAUGAACUUUCCUUACAUAUAUAACCAUACCCCUUAACCUAGUAAAAGCAGAAUGUUUUCCUUGAUUUGGUACAAUGAUGGAUCUUUAUGAAGCUACUCAAAUGCAGAUCACUGUCGGUCGGUGGUGCACAUGCAACAUAAAUAUUGCCUUUUAAUUGUUUUAUAGUCCAUAGUUUUUAUAUAACAAAAUAAUCUAUUGAUGGAUCGCCAUAAUCAUUGCUUGUUUACCACUUCUUCCGACACCCCCAACUUUCCAUCUACCCUUUGUCAAUUUCUAUUCAAUUUGAUUAAAAUAAACUUGUUGUUGGAUUUUUAAGCACCCUGUCUGCUAUAUUUUUCCGCUACAGUAUCAUUUUGUUGUGGACCUUUUGCAUGGUUAUCUGUCUGUGUUUGGAAUGUUCUAUGCUUCCAUGGAAGUUACUCUUACCGUUUAAUAUUUGAUAUUUCCAUUGUUGGGGAAAAGAAAGUUUAAUGCAAGUGAAAUUCUCUUGGCACAGAAAUAUCUAAUUGGCUCAAAAGUAAUGAUCAUUUUGUUCGAAGGAAUCGCAUAAAUUUUGAAUUUUGAAACAAUUCCAGGCAGAAUAUACUUUAUGCCACUUAUAGAAAAAAAAUAUCAACAUCAUUGUGUUUCAGUAAUUUUCUUUUCAAAUAGUUAAACUUGCUCAUUGUUAACUUCCAGACAUUACUGUGUGUGCAUUUGUUGACAUUGCCAUUUACUCCUAGUGAUGGCACAAACUGACAUCAUAGAUGAUAAAACGUAUGACAAAAUUGAUUUCAGUAAUGAUGUUUUGCGUUAGAAAAUUUGCUUCAGGAAUUGUAAAGGCAGGAUGUUUGUAUGAAGAUACAUAACGAAAUCGUUCGAUUUGCAUAUAGUAACAUUUACCUAUAAUGUUCGUACCUAUCUUUCCUCACAAAGUACCUCUCUUCCUCACAAAGAUUUACAGUUAUUUCAGUUUGCAUUGAAUUGUUUGAAUGUCCAUAUAUAUAUAUAUUGUAAAUAUGCGUUAAACAUAUAUCAUCUUUAAACUUUUGCCUUUAAAAACAUCUUCGAUUUUCCAAGUUGGCGUGCACAAACAGAAAUGAGCAUCUUGGGACAGUUGAUGCAUAAAAGAGAAUUGGAAAUGCUGCUUUAUCCUUGCUUUAUCGUAAAAGGCGACCGAUAGGAUUCGAACAUGGCAGAUAUAUAAGUUUUGAUUUCAUACCUCAUAUUUAAAUUUGAAGUAAAUAAGAUGUGUAAUCUAUAUUUUAACAUGUAUUGUAUUCGUGCGCCGUAAAAACAUAGAUAAAAUCAAACAGAAAAAAGACAUUAAACAACUGUUCUAAUACAUUUGUUUUCUUCACGACAACAUGAAACCCUUACACUUUAUGUCUUUUUUCUGUUUGAUUACAAUGUAGUAUUUUGUUUGCAGAACUCUGUCUGUUCACUUUCUUUCAUAUGAUUAUUCGGAUUUAUUUACUCAUCUCUUUUCAUGUAAUAUAUUGGUAUUAGUAUUGUAUUUUGUAAUUUCAAGUUGAAUCGUUAUGACAUUUGUAUGUUCUAAAACUUAUGAUACAAUUCCGUUGCAUAUAUACUUGUAUAAAUAUACGCAUUUUAUCAUAUAUAUAGUUUAAUUUAGUUUCAGUUUCUAAUAGAUGUGAAUGAUAUCUUACAGUGUCAAAGGUUACAAGUAAGGUAAAAAGUACAGUUGCAACUCAGUGACUCGAAUUCCAAACGGAUAGUGAUUUAGUUCGAGAUAACCGAAAAUCGACUUUAAGGUAGUUCUGCACGUUUGGAUCGAAAUUUUUUCUACAAUGUAGAAUUUGAUUAAACUCUGAUUUUUCAAAAUUUCAGAAUAUACCUAGAAAAUUCGGCAAAUAAAAAAGAUAGGGUCGUGUGCUUGCUUUUUGCUAGACUGAUUUGAAAAAUUCGGCCCUCUUGCAAUAUUUCAUAAUGGGAGUCUAUGGGAAAAUCAUAACUUUCAUGACAUUUUCAUGAAUAGAACUGUUUCUCCAAUGUAGAUUUCGAUGUAAUUUCUCACGAUGAUUAAUAAACAUAUGGACUAUAAUUUGGUGAAAUAAAAUGUAUAGGUCCUUGUGCUUGUUUUUGAGAUAUUUGAUCAUGAUUAAAGUGAACCGGACAUUUCACGAUAAUUUUUAGACAUUAUUUUGAACUUUUUAACGUGCCAUAUGUUUAAAUAUCAUAUUUUGACUUUAGAAAUAUAGCAACAGUGCCAUUGUAAUAAAUUUACUCACAAGUUUCGAUUAAUUCAUAAAUAGAUUUUCAUUUCCGUUCGCCGAAUACAGGCUUUAUUCUACGUUUUCAGGAUAAAUAAUGUUACACCAUCACCUCCGAUUUUUCGAACGUGCAGAACUACCUUAAAUGAUAUUUUGUGAAAAUACCUUCGAGAUAGCCGUAAUUUCGAUAUAAGCAAGAUCGGAAUAUCGUAUUCAAGUGUUUAUUAUGAAUACUAAGUAUUAUCAUUAUAGUUUUAAUAUGUAUCAUUAUAGUAUCAGCGUAUAUACCGUUCAAAGUACUUUACUACUUUUAGAUUUGUCUGACGAUUAAUUGUAUAGUAUUGAAACGUCGUCAUAUUAGUAAUAUAUUUGAGAUCAACUGUAAAACAGUAUUGUUUGUAAAAAGUAAACAUUUAUCACA